UCGUACUGUUACCGGUGCCUUGUUGAAAUUCUCCCUAUUGAUAUGGCUAGCAACGAGCAAGCUCCCUCUCUGGUUGUGGACAACGGUUCCGGAUCCUGCAAAGCAGGAUUAUCCGGCAACGAUGGUCCCGAAGCUGUUAUCACGUCGCUGGUUUGUAGCACCCGAACUGACCCAAAAGAGUACUUCGUAGGCUGUUCGGCGCAGAUAAAGCGGGACAUUUUGGAUACCAGCUAUCCGAUUCAACGGGGCGUGAUUACCGAUUGGGAUGAUAUGGAGCGCGUUUGGCAGCAUUUAUUGGUCAACGAGAUGGGUGUUAAGCCAGAGGACCAUCCGAUGUUGUUGGCUGAGGCACCUCUCAAUGCUGGACCUAACCGAGAAAAGAUUACUGAAAUCGUUUUCGAGAAGUUGAGAUGUCCAGCAUUUUACUUGGCAGUUCGGGAAGUUCUUAGUUUAUAUUCCACUGGAAGAACUACAGGUGUCGUAUUGAACUCUGGAUUUGGAGUGACUCAUGCAGUUCCGAUUGAUAAAGGGUUUGCACUAUCUCAAGGGGUUGAACGAGUAGAGCUUGGUGGUUGUGAUUUGGACGAAUAUCUGAAGAAAUUGCUAACCGAACGGGGCUACUCUUUUAGCACUGCAGCUGAGUGCCAGAUAGUUACCAGUAUUAAAGAAAAGCUCGGAUUUGUAGCCGCCGAUUGGCAGAAAGAAGAGCUCAGCAAGGCAACUAAAGCCUUCAAACUUCCGGAUGGACAAUUUAUUACCGUUGGAAGUGAAAUCUUUAGCUGUCCGGAAGCUCUCUUCAACCCUUCGCUCAUCGGACGAGAAAUACCCUCGCUAUCGGAUGCUGUGCUAAAUUCCGUUCGGCGAUGUAGCGAAGGUCUUCAGUCGAAACUUUUCGGAAACGUCGUUCUGUCGGGUGGAACGACAUUAUUCAACGGAUUGCCGGAGCGGUUACAACGGGAGCUGGAACAGGCAGUUGGGCCAGCCGAGAAAGUGAAAACCAUUGCUAGAAGCGAUCGAAAGUACUCCGCCUGGAAUGGAGCUUCUAAUCUGGCUGCUCUGAGCAGUUUCCAGCAGAUGUGGAUCUCUAAACAAGACUAUGAAGAAUUUGGCGUUGCGAUUAUUCAUAAGAAGUGUGCAUAACAAAUUUUAUAAAACUUUUAUAAAAACA